AUGGCCCCAAACCCAUGCAUCAUCAAAGUGCUGAAUCUAUACAUCAAGACCGCAAUCCUAUCAUUGUACUGUAAUACAUUAUGUUUACAUUUAGCAUUAACUCAACUUAUAAAAGAUUCAAAAGACGAGAUAUUGGAUGUCAUAAUGGACUCGAGGAACUCAACAAGCAAUGAAAAGACUAACGCUUUGAUUAACCAAGGAAUCAUCGCUUUUUACGCAAUUUCAACCAGAGAUCUCGACCUCGAGCAUAGCCAAACAAUAGUUUUUGAUCAUGUAUACACUAACAUUGGUAAAGGUUAUAAUCCGAAAACAGGAAAAUUCAUUGUGCAUUUUGAUGGAUUGUAUCGUUUCGGAAGUACAGGGAUGUCGCAAAGUAAUGAUAUAGUUCAUCUGCAAAUGAACAAAAACGGGUUUGAAGUCGCCCGUAGCACUGCACAACAAAAUUAUAACACUGCUGACAUGGAAGCUAUUUUAGAACUAAAGAAGGGUGAUGUCAUUGAAGUGACCCGUAUAACAAACAGCAAUGAACAGACAGAACGACUCCAUGGUAACAGACUGGCAUCAUUUACAGGAUUCCUAAUAACAACAAUGUAAAUUGUUUAUUACACACAAAUAUAUAUUAGAAACGAACAUUAUAGGACUAUUAAUGCUGGAUAAUGUAGUUUGUAUAGCAACUGUAAAGAGUUCACGCAAAUUUGAUAAAUUUGAAGGCCUCAUGA